UCCACUAAUUCAAUGUAUGUGAGUGUAUAACUUAUGAUUAACAAUCUAUGAUAUGAUAUGAGCUAAAAAUAGAGUAGUCUAAUUAACGUUAAUGGAGCCAAGAUCAACAACCGCACGCCAUAACCUCCUCAAGCCCAUCCUCCUUCUCCUUCUCUUCUUCUUCUUCUGUCUUUGGUUCUUUUUCUUCAACUUCUCCGCCAUGGUCACACCUCAAGAACCUGAUCUUAGUCAACACCACCCAGUCACUCGAGUAGAAUUCCCAGCACAACCAUUCCCAAAACAAGCUCUCCCAACCAAAUCAGGCUAUCUUCCAGUCAACUUCUCCUCCGGCUCCGCCAUUUUCUACGCUUUCUAUGAAGCUCACAACCCCAUUUCGUCUCUCUCCCAAACCCCACUUCUCAUUUGGCUCCAGGGUGGACCCGGUUGCUCCUCCAUGUACGGAAACUUCUUGGAGUUCGGUCCUUGGCGAGUCAGCUCUGCCCAUCCCAAGUCUAAAUCGUCUUACGUACUUGAAUCCAACCCCGCUGCUUGGAAUCGCAUUUUCGGUGUACUAUUCCUGGAUAAUCCAAUCGGGUCCGGGUAUAGCAUAGCCGCUCGAAACGAAGAUAUUCCCAGGGACGUUAACUCCGUUGCCAAACACCUUUACAUGGCCAUUCUUCAGUUCCUCGAGUUGGAUCCCACAUUGUUUAAGUCUCGGCCGGUUUAUAUCGCCGGAGAGAGCUACGCCGGUAAGUAUGUUCCGGCGAUCGGAUACCAUAUAAUGAAGAAGAACGCCUACUUGCCGAAGACUCGCCGGAUUAAUUUCGGAGGCGUGGCGAUCGGAAACGGGUUGAUCGACCCGGUGGUCCAAGUCGGGACCCACGCAUCGCACGCUUACUUCACGGGUUUGAUAAACGAACAACAGAAAGAAGAGAUCGAAAGGCUUCAAUCGAGAGCCAUAGAGCUAGCGAAGAAGAAGAGAUGGAGAGAGUCAACGGACGCAAGGUAUCGAGUCGUUGACUACUUGCAGUCAACGACUGGACUCGCGACUCUGUACGAUUUCACGAAGAUCGGGCCUUAUAACAUUGGAAUAGUUACCGAUUUUUUGCAGAGCGAUGGGGUCAAAGCCGCGCUGAAAGUCAAAGAAUCGGCAGUGACUUUUAUUAAUGGGUGCAACGACGACGUUAAGGAGGCAUUGCAUGAUGAUACGAUGAAGAGCGUGAAGUACAUGGUGGAGUUUUUGGUGAGGAAGAGUAAGGUGUUGCUUUACCAAGGGCAGUAUGACUUGUGGGACGGUGUCGUUUCGACUGAGGCUUGGGUCAGGAGCAUGGACUGGGAGGAGAUUGGUAAGUUUUUGUUGGCUGAGAGAAUAGUUUGGAAAGACGAGAAUGGCGGGCUGGCUGGGUACGUUCAGAAAUGGAAGAGUUUGAGCAACGUCGUCGUUUUUGGGGCUGGGCAUCUUGUUCCCACUGACCAGCCCUUGAACUCUCGGAGAAUGAUUGAAGACUGGGUUUUGGAUCGAGGCUUCUUUGCUGACGUAAAUGAUCUUGACUCGAACUUCAUUCUUGACCCGGCCGUUUCGAGUAAGUUUGAUGCGUAGAAAAUUUGGUACAAGGAGAAAAAAGAUAAAGAUAUUACAUCAUUUAUUUUCGAAUAUUCUUGAAUCUCUUUAAAAUAAAGUUGUUAUUUUGUUUUGUUUUUGUAAGAGAAAUCUAUCUAAUUUUGGAGAGAAUUAAAAAAAAUUAAUCACUUCCCAAAAUUAUUUAAUUACAGAUUUCAUUUUUUGCUGUAAAAUAUAUUGACGUACAGACUUUUAUUA